UCAACUGAUCUGAAUCAAGGACACACACAACACAAGGUGACAAUCAGUACUCGAGAUGAGUGUGCGUCUGUGCGCACCUUAAAGCACUUGGCUAUGAAGGAAUCUCUGUCAGCAGCCCAACACCAGACGG